GAUAUAGGUAUCUACAAGUUACGAGUUGCAAGUAAAUAAUAAUUAAUUAUAUUGAAUAAUAAUAAAGAAAUAUUUGUUUUUAGUAUUUCGUAUUUACUCUUACUAUUUACCAUUAAGCGCCUGUUUUAAUAAUAAGUAUCCAAGUUUUGAGUUAAUUUACGAAUGAAUUUAGUUAAGCUUUUCAACGUAUAAUCGUUUUUCUAUAAUUUUUUAUUAUUAUUAUCAAUACCAUAAUAUUAUUAUAUAGUAGUAGUACGAAUUACAAUUCAUGAACGACGAAAAUGGAGGUAAAAAAUCCACAAGUAGCGGUACUCUGUAAUAACGAGGUUUAUGAAUUACUAAAAAAAACUCAAGAAAAUACAAAACUCAUUGGAGGCAUGAACCAUUCAACAAUUUUAUAUGAGGUUAACAAAUAUUUAGAGCAAAGAGCGUGUGCAGAACAAAAUAGUAAUCAAAUUAGAGAGUUCCUAAUCAAAUUAAAACGUAUGCCAAUUAAUUUGACAAAAAAGGAAAAACUGAUGUUAGUUAACGAUCCGCCAGACUCAGUUUUACGAUUAUCUUUGGGUAUCAAAGAUUUCUAUGACAGGCUCAGUGAAACCGAAACUGAAAUGUUAUUAUGUGCUACAAAAAAGUUUUCUGGAGAGCUUAAGGUUGUUACUAAGCAAGAACUAAUAGAAGAAGAAGAAGAAGAAGAGGAAGAUAAUUAAUUAAUGUUAUUUUUUUUUUUUUAAAUAGUUAAGAAAAAUCAA